AAGGCAAUCUAAAAGGGAAGAGGAAGUAGGGAAACGAAUUCCUAAAAUCAAAGGAAGGGAUCCAAGUGUGUUGUUGGAAAGAAAUGUAUUGAAGGUAACCGCAGAGAAAAAUUGAUACUUGCCGAUUGUUAUUAGUAAUUUAUAUAUUUUAUUCCUUUGAAAUAUGAAAAAUAUAAAGCAGAGGAAACUCUUACAGUGUGAACAAGUGUGUCUCAUUUUACUGAAAGAAAGCCAGUUCUUGUCAUUGAUUUUGGAGCCUUGAUUGGAGUUAUUCAGCUCGGAAAAAGGGAUCUAUUUCAGUAUUGUUGCCCUGGAUUUGUGUUUCUGUUUGUGUGUUUUCACAGGUAAAAUGAAACCCUAAGUUCUUGAUUUUCCGAUUUUGCUCUUUUCUUUUUUACUUCUUUAUUGUUCUGGAUUGACUCCAACUGUGAAUGAGCGAGCCGCCGGGAUUCCUGUAUCUUUUAUUGAUUGAUUGGGGCUCUUUCAAGAAGAGAAGAUACGAGAUUAGGGUUUUCGGAACUGUUUUUUUUUGCUUUUCUUUUGUGGUCAGAUCUGAGAAAUCGUUUAUGAAGACUUUGACUGGUUAUUGCAAUUCGCUGCGUUUUGGGUUAUUGAAGUUUUUGAACAUUUGAUUUGGUUCUCACUCAAGGCUUGCUUCAGAUCUGUCUUUAGUGUUACAGACCCUUGUAUUGGGUUGUUUCUGGACGAGUUGUAUGUGUUUCUGAUUCAGACAAGUUUUAGUUUAACUACUUCUUCAAGCGUGUGAUUCAUUGACACAAUGCUGGGCUUGAGGGACCUUCAUGUUGGCUAAAUUGUCUUCCAAUUCGUUUUGUAGGUUAUGGGAUUCGUUUUCCCUGUGGUUGAUCACAUCUACAUGAUCUGCUCUGUGCUUAUAAUAUUGCUGCUUGUCUUGUUGACUUGAGAUGUUAAUUGCGUCAGUUUUCCUCAUCGAUCUUUAUACGUCAUUGCACUUAUUGGGAUUGCGAACUUUUCACUUGAUUUAUUGUGUGAUCAAGUUGGCCUCUUAAAAGAUGAAAUAUGUAUCGGUUUUCCUAAUCAAGAUGCAGAGGCUGCUUUUCUAGUUGCUGCUAGGUUGGCCGGUGGUUGCCCCAAAUAUUGACUGUUGUGUUUGAUCUCACGUCGCUUUAUUUUCCUGUUUAGUGCAGCUAUUAAAUGGAAAACUUCUUAUUAAGUUUGUUACUUUGGAGUUAUUGAAUUUAUUGACAGUGAAUAUGAGUAUGUUUGAAGUGGUUUCUGCACUAUUGGUUGCUUCCAGCAAUGAUGAUGUAGAUUUAUGGUAUCGCCAUAUCUUGUUUUGUGCUGCAAAUAAUAAUUUGUCUUCUCUUUUUCUUUGUCAUGAAGAGCCUUGUUUUAAGAACUUUAGGAUUUGAUCAUGUUUGUUGCCAGUGCUUUAGACUGAGUUGCGCUUAGCCUUCAACUGAGUAUUAACAUGUUUGCGCCUGAAGGAUAGUGACAAUCCAGUAAUUUCCUCUCUGCUCUUUAAGGAAAUCAUUGAUUGGGUUGAUCACCUGUUUACCAUAUCCAGACUGAAAUAUUUUUCAGUUGCUGCGGCUGGUGCUGAUCUAAUUUAUAAGCUAGUUGAUCUUAAUAUCUGAUACCAAGAAGUCAUAUCUAAUGUUGCAAGUAGCAGAGUUUUAGUGCGUCUAGCUUGAAAUAAAAAGAAAACAAGCUACAACGGCAUCCUGCAGGACCCGUGGUGGAAAGCCGUUGGGUGAUGAGAGAGGGUCACCACCUGGUAGCAUGCUGGGCACAAUUAGUUUGGAAGUUGCCAGCUUUAUCAAUUCUGAUUUGACUUGGAAGGGUUCAAAAGGUAAAAGGAGUUCAUUGAGGCGGGCCAAGAGGUCAGUUUCAAGAAGCUUGAAACGUUGUGGGGAGCUUGUCAACCAGUACUCGAAAACUGUGGACAUGCCAGUUUCUGAAUCUGAGAAGCUUGGAGUGAGUAUUCUUGGUUGUCGCUUCAGUGAGAAGGCAGAACAUGUGCCUAUUAAGAAAAGAAGAUUUGUGUAUAGAUCACCAUCUCCACCACCUAGAGCCAUGUCAUCACAAUCUGAGGAAACCGAGACGAAAAGGCCUUCCAAGUUGGAACCUGGGGUAAUUGAUUGCUCUGCUUCUGCAAAUGACUUGGGUCAGAUUGUUGACAAUGUGUGUGAUGCUGAUGAGACAAAUAUGGAAAGGGUAAAAGGACAUGUUGAUGAAAAUGAAGACUUCUCAGGUAUUUCUAUACUUGCAGCUGCUGCAUGCAGUAAAGGUUUUGGAGGGGAAGAUGGUCACACUGAGGAUGGUUCUGGAGUUGAAGAAUCUUUUGUGCGCGAUGUUCCUUUAGAAGGUUUGACAAAUAAUGAAUCAUGUUCUUUGUCAAAAGAAGUUUCUAAGGAUGAUCAUAGUUCUGCUGAAAAAUCAACUAAAGGAAGUGGUUCUUGCAUUUCUGCAUUGCCUGCAGAAGAACCUGCUGCCUGCCUGAGAAAAGGUAAUUCCUUUGAAAGUGAACUAUUGCAUAGAAACAAUAUGGAAGAUACUUCUGUUCAGGAUCAUUUAACUUCGAAGGAUGUCUUAAUCCAUAAAGUUGAGGAAACAGUUCAAAAACAGGGAUUCUCUUCAAGAGAUGACCGUUUGCACUGGGAUUUAAAUACGUCAAUGGACUCCUGGGAACAUCCUUUUGACUAUCAAGUUGUGGAUUCUAAGAUUGAUGCUGCGGAUGGUGUUGCUGAAGAUGCGGAUUAUGGUAAUCAUAGUGAUAAGAUGAUAAACUCAGAAGGUCAUGGAUUGCAAAUUGACUCUGGUGAUAGUAAAGCUGAUGCUGAAAAGGAAAUGCCACCUAGUGAUGCUACAGAAAUGGUUCAUACAUCGAAUCAAUCUAACGUAGAGGAAUGCAAAUCAAAAGUGUGCGCUGAAUCUGGCGGUGCUGAUUACUUGGAAGAAAAUGUUCUUUCUUCUGAGUUUGAAGAUGCUGUGAGGGUGGAUCAAUCUAAGGGAAGUUUAGAAUUGCAGAGUCGAGAAAGACUUAGUAUUGAUGCUGGACCUGGUGACUUUGUUCCAGCUGAUGAUGUUAAGAGGCUCUCAGCUUCUAUUAACAAGGAUAAAAAUAUUGCAGACCACAGUGUUUCCUUUGGCUGUACAGGUAGUAAUGAGGGCUUAUCUUCACAUGGGGUUGGCAAUUUGGGUUCAUGUGCAGAUAACAAUCUACCUUCUAAGCCUACUUGUAACGCAAGCAGCUCUGCUGCUGAUGCAGGUGCGCUUAAUUCCUCUGAUUCUCAGGUUGAGAAGCUGGAGGUUGCACCUUUUAUAGCUUCGUCUGGUAACUCCAUCAAUGAGAUUGGGGAUGUGUUAGAUAAAGUUGCUGAUGAGACAAAGGAAAUUUCUGCUUCGCCUGAUGACACAGAUGUCCCUAUGGAUAUUGAUCCAGUAGAGGCAGGGCAGCCACCGAAGAUAGAGUCUCUUGGUGGUGUUCUGGAGACCUUUGCCCGUUCUUCUCCUCUAGGUAUUGAUACACCUACCUUAGGUGCAUCAAUUGAAGCUCAACCAACAUUGUCUGUGGAUUUAAAGGUGCACCAUGCCAACGUUUCUGUGCUUGAAAAUGCUGAAACUAAUACUUUACUGAAUAAUGAUGGUGAGGAACCUGAGAAAAAGUGUAUAGAAAAGUAUACCGAAAUGUUGCAACCUCCGUCUGUUCAUAGCUCUCAUGAUGUCUUAUGUAGAAGCAAUAAUGAUGAUCUUGUAAAUAGUUCUGAUAGGAUGGCCUUAGAAGAACCUUUAGACAAUGGUUAUUGUUCUGAUGUUUCUCAUGAUCAUGCUCAUGUGAAGUCGAGUGAGAUCUUAGAUUAUGAUUCACAGUAUGAAGAUGGAGAGGUCAGGGAAUCAAUUGUUCAUACUUGGGAAGAUUAUGAUGGGGAAGAAAUGGAAGCUGAACAUGUUGACUAUGGAUCUGACAAUGCUAAUACUCUGGGUUGUGAAGCUGAAAAAACUGUGAAGCAUACACAAGAAACUGACUUUCAGCCUUGCCUAAGUGGCUCAUCAGGAUCUGGUAAGGAAAGACCAUUGAAAGGGAAAGAUGGAAAGGUGGAGGUUGAGCUGGGUGAUGAAGCAGGCGCUGACAAGGUUAUUGGGGAUGGUGUUGUUUCUAAGGUAGAUGAUACAAACAAUCAAUGUCUAUCAGCUGAUUCAGCCGAGAAAACAUCCAGGUGGGAUCACAAAAAUCUUUCAGAUGCAUUGACUGCAGAGAUCGAUGGCAGCAGUAGGAAGAACAUUACUGAUGACUCUAUAGAUGUCCAAGACACUGACGGUACCAAGGUGAGGGUGUUCAGACCAACAGAGUUCAGGAGGGAAUUGCCAUCACACAUUGAAGGACGAGUAUCUCAUGAUGCAUAUUUUGAGGAUGACAAACCUUACAUGCAGGGAAGCAGUGAUGCUGAUAACAUUAAUCCUAGAUCUGAAAGGGAUCCUGGAUAUAGAGAAUCACUGGGUAGGGGCAGAUAUAAUCAGCAUGUUCAUGCAAGAGGUCAGGGAAGUGAUCAUUGGGUCCAUUCUGCAGAGAGUCACAGGGGUCUUAAACGCUAUCAAUCACCUAAUUAUCAUGGCCCAACAUCUUUUCGUCGUCCAGGGCCUGAAAAUGGUUCCUUUGGCAGACAAAAGAUUGAUGCAUCGUCACUCAGUGUACAUCGGCGUCUUACCAGAAGUGGGUCACCAGUUGACAGGGAUGAGGCAUUUCGUUUCCGUUUGGGUUUUAGACCAUCUAGAGAGCUGAGUCCUGGUCGGCGUGUUACUCUUGGCAGAGGCAGGUCUCUUAGAUAUGGUCCUCGAGUGGAUGGGAGAGGCCUCAGGGGGAGAUACCAUGGACCUAUGCCUGAUGAUUGCUCUGAACCUUCGUUGAACCAUUCCCAUCCUUCAGCCAAGAGAGAGAGAAGCUUUUCACCCAAUGAAAGGAGAGGUGAAGAUCGUGCACGUAAAUCCCUAUCGAAAUCUCCUUCAAGAUCUAGAACUCGCUUUCCUGACUCAGGUAAUCCAAAUUUAAAGCAUCGAAGUAAAUCACCUAAUUUUAGAUCCGAGGUAAGAAUGCCAAGAGGGAAGUCACCUCAUCAGCGGCCUGGUUUUUUGGGAGACCGUGUGGUAGGAUUUAGGACAAUGCAUAGAGGUCAUGGUUCCCCACCUCAUAACUCCAGAUGGAUUGGUGAUUGGAAAGAUGGUGUGGUUCAUCUUAGGGAGCAAGGUUUAAAUCAGCGUUCUUCUGUUUUAGACAGGAGAUCACCAGGAAGAUUUGGCCCCCGUGAUGACAGGUUUGAUGUUGAUUCCCCGCGAAACUACAGAUAUGUGCAUCCUGGAAGAUUUACUGAAAUGGACGGAGUCGGUAGAGGACGAGUAAGGUAUGAGGGCAGUGAUGAUAAUAGGGAGAAACAUAGUUAUAGAUUUGGGCCAUUUCCCCCUGCAAAGCGAUAUGGUAUGGAUGGCGUUGUGAAACCAUUCCGUUAUAAUUUGGAUGAUGGUUUUGUGAAGGCUCGUAAUUCUCGUUAUGGGGAAGCUGCUGAUUUUCAUGGCAGAGGGAAUCCUAGGGAAUUUAGCAGGGGCAUUGAGAGUCGGAUUGGGGAAGGGCCGAGAAGAUUUAGAGAAGAGAGAGGCCCAUUCACAUAUCAAAGGGAUGGAAAAUAUAAUGUCAAUCCAAAAUCAUUUGGGAUGCGGGAAAACGAUGAUGAUAUAGCUUCAAGGAGAAGACCUUCUUGACUCUGUAACUAGUGCCGAUUUUUUUACUCCUUCAAAUUGGGCGCAGCGGCAGGUAGAAGAAAUAUCAUAUGCUGGACUUGAUGAAGUAGUGCUUUCAUUUACAGAAGGCAGGCAUCUCAUCUCAGGACCAUCACUUGACGGAUUUGAAUUUUCUACUGUGAUUUCCCUUUUUUGAGUUUUGAUGAGAUCAAGUGGUUACCCCUUUUUCCCCUUCAUUUUACACUAUAUAUAAAUUUUUUCUUUAUGGCCAAUGGGUGAUGUAACCUUUUGCUGGCCCUUGAAAUAUGAUCAAAUCAAUGAAAAGUAAAAUUUAUUUUUGUACUA